AUGGCCUCGAUUCUCUCUCCCGUUGUGGCGCAAAGCCUGAACAAGCCCGUCGACCAGCCCCCAUUUGACCCAACUGUCGACUGCGCAGCCGGAAGCGAAAUCGUCCAGCAUCUGCGCCAUCUCGACCAGGCUCUGAAGGUCUACACCCCCUCCUCGCCUAACUAUGAGACACUCCGCAGCGUCUACAACAAGCAAAUCACCGCCCGCCCUCAAGCUAUCUGUCGCCCGACGACCGUCGCCCAGGUGCAGGCGAUUGUCCGCGCCAGUACGCAACUGGGCGUGCCGCUGGCCCGUCAUGCUGGACAUGCGGGAGAUGGACUCGUUGACUCUCUCUCCCACGACCUGAAGACCAUUAAUGUCGGCGGUGGCACGUUCACCCGCAACCUGGUCGGAUUCCUCGAUACCCACGACCUUGUCACGGCGAGUAGCACAGCUGGCUGUAUUGGCUGGACGGGCUGGGCGCUGUCUGGUGGCUAUGGCCCACUGAACAGCUACGCCGGUUUUGGUGCGGAUAACAUCGUGUCUGCCAAGGUGGUGACGGCGGAUGGAAACGUUGUCGACGCUGGCGCCAACGAUGAUCUUCUCUGGGGUAUUCGCGGAGCUGGUGGAAGUCUUGGAAUUGUUGUCGAGUCGACUGUGCAGACGUACGCCGUGCCCACGAUGCUGGGUGGCCAGGUCCAGUACAAGCAGGGCGAAUCCGCCAAGGCAUUGCUGGGCUUGCAGCGUCUGCUCGAAGCGGGCGUUCCCGAGGAGCUCGGCCUUCAGCUCGAACUGUCUCAGCAGGUGGUUAAUGUGAUUGUCGGCUGGGUGGGAGAUGUCGAAGAGGGCCAGGAGUGGCUGAACAUGGUGCGUGGUCUUGCAGAGGUUCAGCUGGACACUGUCGAGCAGACCACCCUCAAUGCUCUCCAGGGCCUGACAACCAAGGACAUUCCCCUGUCCGCUCACACGGCCACCCGCGGCGUCUCCAUCACCCGAAUGACCCCAGAAGUCAUCGACAUCCUCCAACAGUCCCUGAGCGAGGCAGGAGCCUCCUAUACCGUCACCGGCCUCCUGAAUUACGGCCGCUCCGCACAGACCAACUCCUCCGCCUCGUUCGGCCUGCGUGAGCCGCACGCCCAGCUUUUCGUCAACGCGUACGACGAGCUUGCGCGAAUGGCAGACGCUUCCGGAUGGGUCAAUGGCCUUGCUAACCGGAUCCAGAACACUGGUCAGGCCAUGGAGGCGAGCUAUGCUAGCUUUGCGGCGCCGGGAGACAAGGUUAAUGAGAGCUUUGGAGAUGGAUUGGACAAGUUGCGGGAGUUGAAGGCGGAGAUUGACCCCAGCAACGUGUUCCGUGGACUUUGGAAGGCGGAGUAA